GAGCAGAGAUGUAUUAUCCAUAAGAACCACAAUAAUCAUCAGUCAAGCUUUCCGAGAUCGUUAAGGAAGAAUGACAAAUGAACACCGCAAAGAUGAUUUGGACCGUUUUUGUCUUGUUUGUUUUCUCCUCCAUGCAUCUGUUUGUCGGAGGCGCAUUUUACAAUUACCAUGAUUUGGGGAGUAAAUGCGACGGUGAAGUGAAGAUCGAAUGUCCUCCAUUACUACACGGCCGAGCUGGUACAUUUCAGUUGACCAACAUUUCACGGUUAACGGGAAACUGCGUCGUCAACGUUAUAAUGGUACCAGGAUGUGCAAGCGAAGUCCAGGAUCAGCUGUUCUCCAUCUAUUUCAGUAUUCGAAAGCUCAAUAUACCCAGCACCGAUCGCCUGCGGAUGCAUCAGUACGACGAGUGGAACAGCACGCUCCUGCUGAAGGACUUAACGCUAUCCUGGUGGUACAAUAUCAAUCCAACGUCUGUGGCUCAAGCUCGCACCAGCUGGAACACUCAUCCGCGGGUGCAGAUUGAGUAUACUCGGGGAAUAACCAACGCUACUAGUGCACAUCAGAUGCUGAUCGACUACGUUAUUGUAGAAUUCAAACGAAGUUCCGGAGUGGAAGGAUACCUAAGAUCCCCUUGUCCAACCCUGAACGGGUACAUUCAUAAUGAUUUCGUCUGCGAUGCCGAUGGUGUCGUAGAUCGGGUGAAUUGUCCGGGCUUCUACUACGACAGUAUCGGGAAUAAUCCGGCAAUGUCGCGGUACUGUGAUACGCGCUAUCCUACCACCACGGGCCGCUCGACAACGUACCGCUACGAACCGUGGACGCCUAGUUAUGACGAUGGGAUGGACGCCGGCACGAUUGCUGGCAUCAUCAUCGCUGUAUUCUUUUUCGUGGUUUUAUUGAUCUGCACCGUAUCGUCCGCAAAGUCCCGGCAGCGCCGCUCCGCUCAACCAACCGUUACACUGAGCCGUCCUACUGCGGGCUGGAGUGGCUCCAGAACAACAUCCGAGGAACCGCCGCACCCCUUCAUGGGAGCGCCACCUUCGUACGAGGAAGUGACGCGAGGCAAUAAUGUUGCGAUCGCGAUGCCGCAGCCAGAGGUGCCGAAAUACUGAAGUAACGCUUUAUUUGGAAUAAAAUCAGCCAGUGUCACCAUAUUACAAUUGUGGACCAACUUUUGAGUCAGUCCCGUUAAACAUCUGCAACUUCACAGUUUAUACUCUGUAAAGCAGAUUUAAAAAAUGUUGUUGUUAUUUGAUUCCUGGCUGGUAAGGCUCCCCGCAAAAAUGUCAACGUUCUUGCUUAGCAAAGCCUAAGAGUACCAUGUAAAUAUUCCCAUUAGCGUGCUGUACUUACUAUACUGUGCUUUGUCGGCCGGAAAAAUCGUUGCCAAGAAGAGGUUUCUGGCUGUACUUAUUUGUGAUAAGUUUAUUUCUCAGU